ACUAUACUGCACUUACCAGGGGAUUUCAUACAUAAAAUCGCUCCCGCAUUUUUAGAGCUCCUGAAUUGAGCGUAUAUCUUCGAUCGACCAGCACUCGGACUUUCUUGGUCAAAAAUCAUCACCGAACAGGUAUAACUCGGCUCAGCCCAAAUGGCGGCUAUUUUGCAGGGGCAUCAGGUACAUCCGGACGGGCGAACGUGGAAGACACACUUUCCCAAGGGUGAUCUUUGGGUAUUUGGAUAUGGAAGCUUGAUCUGGAAACCACCACCACACUAUGACCAGCGAGUCCCGGGAUACAUUAGUGGCUAUGUGCGGCGAUUCUGGCAGGGAAAAUGGAAUGAUAGUACCGACCACCGGGGCACCCCCGAGCAGCCGGGACGAGUCGUUACAGUAAUUGAGCGUGGGUUUUGGGAGACGCUGGAUGAUCCGCUCGCAGCCCUAGAAUCCGAGUCCGCCUCAACAGGCAAAGUCUGGGGUGCAGCAUAUCACAUCCCAUCCUCGCACGCCGAAGAAGUCCACGAUUACCUAGACGAGCGUGAAAUCGACGGCUACAGCGUACGCUUUACACCAUUCCACCCUACAACAGGGCCCUCCAAUGACCCGCAAGAGAACGCGAAUCACGCCACGCCGAUCACCUGUAUGGUGUAUAUUGGGCAGCCGACGAACCCGCAGUUCUUGCGUGAGCCUGAACGGCGAGCGCCGCAGGAUGUCGCGCAGGUAAUUAGUGCGGGUUAUGGACAGAGCGGGAAGAAUACGGAGUAUUUGUAUUUGUUGGAGAAGGCGUUGGAGGGUCUUGGACUUGGUACCGCGGAUGUGCAUGUUACUGAUUUGGUGAAGAGGGUUAGGGCGAUUGAAGCUGCGGGUUUGGCGGAUGUUGAGGAGCGGGAGGCGGAGAAGGAGGUGAAGAAGUCUUUGGCGCGGUCGCCGGCGGAGCAUGUGCAUGGGGAUAGGAUUGAGUGAGGCUGAUAGAUCGGUUUUCGAAGGGGAAAAUUUGACCCUUGUCGGUGGCAGUGAUAUAGAAUAGAAUGCAUAGAAUUGAUUUCCGCAGUUGGGGAAUAUGAUAAAUAGUGG